UCACGAUGAACAAACUGUAUAUCGGGAACCUCAGCGAGGGCGCCGCGCCCGCGGACCUGGAAAGUGUGUUCAAGGACGCCCAGAUCCCGGCGUCCGGACCCUUCCUGGUCAAGACCGGCUACGCCUUCGUGGACUGUCCGGACGAGAGCUGGGCCCUCAAGGCCAUCGAGGCGCUUUCAGGUAAAGUGGAGCUGCACGGAAAACUCCUGGAAGUGGAGCACUCUGUCCCCAAAAGGCAAAGGAUUCGGAAACUUCAGAUACGAAAUAUCCCGCCUCACUUACAGUGGGAGGUGCUGGAUAGUUUACUAGGCCAGUAUGGAGUGGUGGAAAGCUGUGAGCAAGUGAACACUGACUCGGAAACUGCAGUCGUAAACGUAACCUAUUCCAGUAAGGACCAAGCCAGACAAGCGUUAGACAAACUGAAUGGAUUCCAGCUGGAGAACUUCACGUUGAAAGUGGCCUACAUCCCAGACGAGAUGGCCUCCCAGCAGAACGCUUCGCAGCAGCCCCGAGGCCGCCGCGGGUUUGGGCAGAGGGGCUCAUCAAGACAGGGCUCUCCAGGAUCGGUGUCCAAGCAGAAACCCUGUGACCUGCCUCUACGCCUGCUAGUCCCCACCCAGUUCGUUGGAGCCAUUAUAGGAAAAGAAGGUGCCACCAUUCGGAACAUCACCAAACAGACUCAAUCUAAGAUCGAUGUCCACCGUAAAGAGAACGCAGGCGCUGCUGAGAAGUCCAUUACUAUCCUCUCUACCCCGGAAGGCACCUCUGCGGCUUGUAAGUCUAUUCUGGAGAUUAUGCAUAAGGAGGCCCAAGACAUAAAAUUCACAGAAGAGCUUCCCUUGAAGAUUUUAGCCCAUAAUAACUUUGUAGGCCGUCUUAUUGGUAAGGAAGGAAGAAAUCUUAAAAAAAUCGAGCAAGACACAGACACUAAAAUCACGAUAUCUCCAUUGCAGGAAUUGACGCUGUAUAAUCCGGAGCGCACCAUCACAGUGAAAGGCAGCGUGGAAACAUGUGCCAAAGCUGAGGAAGAGAUAAUGAAGAAAAUCAGGGAGUCUUAUGAAAACGAUAUUGCUUCUAUGAAUCUUCAAGCACAUUUAAUUCCUGGGUUAAACCUGAAUGCCUUGGGUCUGUUCCCGCCCACUUCAGGGAUGCCACCUCCCACCUCAGGGCCCCCUGCAGCCAUGACUCCCCCUUACCCACAGUUUGAGCAAUCAGAAACGGAGACUGUUCAUCUGUUUAUCCCAGCCUUAUCUGUCGGUGCCAUUAUUGGCAAGCAGGGGCAGCACAUCAAACAGCUUUCUCGCUUUGCAGGAGCUUCUAUUAAGAUUGCUCCAGCUGAAGCCCCAGAUGCGAAAGUGAGGAUGGUGAUUAUAACCGGGCCACCGGAGGCCCAGUUCAAGGCUCAGGGAAGAAUUUAUGGAAAAAUUAAAGAAGAAAACUUUGUUAGUCCUAAAGAAGAGGUGAAACUUGAAGCUCAUAUCAGAGUGCCAUCCUUUGCUGCUGGCAGAGUUAUUGGAAAAGGAGGCAAAACGGUGAAUGAGCUCCAGAAUUUAUCUAGUGCAGAAGUUGUUGUCCCUCGUGACCAGACGCCUGAUGAGAAUGAUCAAGUGGUGGUCAAAAUAACUGGUCACUUCUAUGCUUGCCAGGUUGCCCAGAGAAAAAUUCAGGAAAUUCUGACUCAGGUAAAGCAGCACCAACAGCAGAGAGCUCUGCAAAGUGGACCACCUCAGUCAAGACGGAAGUAAAGGCUCAGGAAACAGCCCACCACAGAGGCAGAUGCCAAACCAAAGACAGAUUGCUUAACCAACAGACGGGCUGACCCCCCAUCCAGAAUCACAUGCACAAGUUUUUACCUAGCCAGUUGUUUCUGAGGACCAGGCAACUUUCGAACUCCUGUCUCUGUGAGAAUGUAUACUUUAUGCUCUCUGAAAUGUAUGACACCCAGCUUUAAAAAGAUAAAAAAAUAAGGGGGAGGGAGGAAAAGAGGAGCUCUGCACUUCCCUUUUGUUGUAUUUUCAGUGUAAAAAUUUUCUAAUUUUUCUUAAUAAUUCCCAUUUAUGCAAGAAAUUGGCUUAAUGAUGCACUCACUAAAUUCAUCAAGUAAAAAUAGAUUGCUCCUAAGUGAGAAUAGAAUUAUUAUAGGAACUUAAAUGUUAAGGUAUCAACGUAGAAAAACGUGUUUUAUUUUUAUCUAACACUAACAUGAAUAACGUAAGGGAAGUGCUGAAUGGUGUUGGCAGGGGUAUUAAAUGUGCAUUUUUACUCAACUACCUCAGGUAUUCAGUAAUGCAAUGAAAGCAAAUUUUGUGGGGUUUUUUUUUGAAAUUUUUAUAUACUUUAUAAAGAUAAAAGUCCAACUGUU